AGAGCUACAACUACCACCACAGCCAUGAAGUGUGUCCUGCUCGCCCUGGCCCUCGUGUGUGCCGUCCAGGCCAUCGAUGUCCCCCAGCCCAUGAAGGAUGUGGACAUCCAGAAGCUGCCUGGGAAGUGGUACACCGUGGCCAUGGCAGCCAACAACAUCGCCCUCCUGGAUGCCAAGAACACCCACCUGAAAGUGUUCGUCAAGGCUCUGGCACUCACCCCUGAGAACAACUUGGAGAUCACCCUCUCUGAAUGGGAGGACAACAAGUGUGUGGAGAAAGCCAUCCUGGCUGAGAAAACCAGCAACCCCGCCUACUACAGCAUUAACUAUGCGAAGGAGAACCAGGUGGUGGUGGUGAGCAAGGACCAGAAAGAAGUCAGCCUGUGCAUGGAGAAUACCACCGCCCCCGAGAAGAGCUUGGUCUGCCUGUUCCUGGCCAAGGACCCGAAUACUAAGGACAAGGUCAUGGGGAAAUUUGUCAGUGUUCUCGAGGACCUGUCUGUGCAGCCCCAGAUUCUUCUGGACCUGACCCAAGCUGAUGAGCCCUGCCGCAUCUAG